GACCCGGCCCGCCGCUGCCGGGGUCGGGGGCCGGGGGCCGGGGCUGGGGCCGGGGCUGGGCCCGGGGCUGGGCCCGGGGCUGGGCCCGGGGCCGGGCCGGGCCGACAGGGUGCUGAGGCGGCGAACGCGACCUCGCCCUGCGCGCGGGGACGCCAGUGAGCUUCGCCCAGGCACAGCGGGGUCACCUGCGGUCAGGGCUGGCACCUGCCGCUCCGCCCCGUCCCGGGCCUCGCCCCGCGGGGACCGUUCCCCCGGACGGUCGUUGAGGGGACCCCCAUGGUCACCCCGCGUCGCGGCGAGGAGGCGGGCGUGUAGGUGGAGGCGCGGUCACCCGGGACGCGGGCCCGUGUCGCUGCAGCCCUGGUCCAUGUGUCUUCAUUCUGGGAUCCCCACCAAAAAGCAGCAGCUCCUGGAAAGCAACCAUCUCGCAGCACAGAAAAGGAGUCCACACAUCCUCUAUAACUCCUAAGUCACACCUUAGUUACAAUGGCAAGAAGAUACUACAUCAAAGAGGGGAUCACAGCCUUGGGGGCUUCACAAAUAAUGAUUGCCUUGUUCCACAUUGCCUUCGGAAUUUUCUGGAUUUUUCUGUUCUACCUAGAAGAGAAGUCAAACAGUGUUGGUUUUACAGCUAUGCUUGUUUUAAUAAUUUACUCAUUUUCAUCAUCCAUAUUUUUCAUCCUAUCCGGAUCCGCCACUGUUUUCCAUAAAGCCUCUAUAAAAAUAUACCAGAUUAUCUUAGCAACUGUCCUGAACCUCUUAAGUGUCCUGGUGACUAUAUUUGGUUUAGUGAUAUUAGGGAUAGCGUUUGCAAUUUUUGAAUCACAUGGAACGAUAUACACUUGGUCAAAUAUGGCUGGCAUGAUGCUCAUACACUAUUUACUGCUCAGCACCAUCGCAGAGCUGAUCCUCACGACCGUGGUCCUACACUGGAUGGAAAGAGCCCUUCACCACGAAGCAGUUUCUGAAGAACUUGGUCUCGAAACUGUCAUGGAAUCAUCACAGCCUUCAGAGGAUUCGAGUGAACGCGUGUGACUCCGGUCCAAACCCAAAGAUUGUGAAUCAGUGGAGAACUCUGUAAUUUUUUUCAAGAAGCCUUGUAGAAAAUGCCUUCUAAUGAAAUCUCUCCCAGUUCUCUCUUUUCCAGGUCUUCAGUAAAGGACACAAUUUGAUCACAAGUGGACUCUUUUCUUUCUAAAAGCCAAUAUGGAUCAACCUAGGGUCACAGAUCUGAGAUCUGAGUUAAGCGCCCUUUUAUCUCACGCUGGAGAAGACAGGGAAGACCGAAGGGAUUCCUUGAUCUGAGAGGAGCAAAGGCCCUGGCUUUGGAGGCAGGCAUGAUAUUGGCAUAGCAACAUCAAGACUCACAGUUUCUCUGUGGUUUUGUUUCUUCACCGAUAAAACAUAAACUGCAGUCCUGGGGGCUGGUGGAUUUAGCUUAGCGGCAUAAGUGCCUGCCCGGCAAGCACUAGGUCGUGAAUUCAAUCCCCAGUACCAAAAAUAAAUAAAUAAAUAAAUUUCAGUCCUUAGCCCACAGAGUAGACCAGAGGAUUAAACGAUAGCGUAUCAUUAGAAGGCCUUAGAGGAAGAGCUCCUAACUCAUACUCAUGCCUCAAUAAAUUGUGUUGCUUAUUGUUACCAGUGCUUGGCAUUACAUCAGCAGCGCAGUGACAUAGGCCACCAGGCAGGCAGUUCUUAUUCCCCAGUAUUGGUGAUGAAAGCUCACGUCUAAAAACAGAAAAUGUGCCAAUAUUUUAAGCCCAGAGAGCCUCGGAAAGGGGCUGUUUUGCAUUUAAUGGUGUCCCUCACUUUGAGGUCUUAACCCCCACCCCACCCUGGAAAGUGACCCUUACUUAGGAUCUUUACAGAGAGAAUCAAGAUAAAUCAUUAGAGCAGGACCUACUAUGAUGAUGCACCACUGUGCCCCGUGUCCUCCUCAAAGGGACAGCUGGAUGCCCCCUUGUGCAAGCACCCAGAGGCAAUUCCACAGGGCGAGGGCAGGCUCGAGUGACAUACACAGCCAGGAGAUGUCAGGGGGAAAGGUGAGGAAGGAGCUGCCACAGUGACCGGAGCAUCAUGGGGCUGUGGCCCCAUGGUGGUGUGAGGACACCUGCCUGUCACAUCCAUGGAGACAUGGAGACGGGCACCUCUCACUGAAUCCACCCCUUGCUAAGUGACAGAGGGAGGGUGCUCACUCAUUGCCUUUGGAUCCUAAAGGUGUUGGGUGGGUAUUCAGAUAGUAUAAACUCAUCAACUUCAAUGAAUGCACUAAUUCCUCAAAAGACGAAAUUACCAAAACUAACACAACAAGAAACAAAAGCUCUGAACAGCCCUAUGUGUGGUUAAAGACAGAGACAGAGACAGAGAUAGAGACAGAGACAGAGACAGAGACAGAGACAGAGAAGAAAGAGACAGAGAGAGAUGGAGAGACAGAGAUGGAGAAACAGACAGUGAAAGAGAUGGAGAGAAACAGAGAGAGAGAGACAUUUUGAGGCAGACACAGAAAUAGAGACAAAGAGAGAUGGAGAGACAGAGACAGAAACACAGCGAUAGACACAAAGAGACAGAGGCAGAGACAGAAACAGAAGGAGACAGAAUCUGUAAUUUAAAACUUGAGGCCAAGUACUUUAGCAGUAAAUUCUAUCCCAUCCUUAGAGAGCUAGAAGAAAGGGUUUUGAAAAUUACCUGGUGGUUCACUCGUGCCGCAGCCAUGUCUUAUCCAGCUGAUGACUAUGAGUCUGAGGCUGCUUACGAUCCCUACGCUUACCCUGGCAACUAUGAUAUGCACACAGGAGAUCCAAAGCAGGACCUUGCUUAUGAACAUGAGUAUGAACAACAGACCUAUCAGGUGAUCCCUGAAGUGAUCAAAAACUUCACCCACUAUUUCCACAAAACUGUCUCAGAUUUGAUUGACCAGAAGGUAUACGAGCUUCAGGCCAGUCGCAUCUCUAGUGAUGUCAUUGACCAGAAGGUGUAUGAGAUCCAGGACAUCUAUGAGAACAGCUGGACCAAGCUGACUAAAAGAUUCUUUAACAAUACUACUUGGCCUGAGGCCGAAGCCAUAGCUCCACAGGUUGGCAACGAUGCUGUCUUCCUGAUUUUGUACAAAGAAUUAUAUUACAGACACAUAUAUGCCAAAGUCAGAGGGGGACCCUCCUUACAGCAGAGGUUUGAGUCCUCUUACAACUACUGCAACCUCUUCAACUACAUCCUCAGUGCAGAUGGGCCUGCCCCCCUUAAACUGCCCAACCAGUGGCUCUGGGAUAUCAUCGAUGAAUUUAUGUACCAGUUCCAGUCAUUUAGUCAGUACCACUGUAAGACGGCCAAGAAGUCAGAGGAGGAGAUUGAUUUCCUGUGAUCCAACCCCAAAAUCUGGAAUGUCCACAGUGUCCUCAACAUCCUUCACUCCCUGGUGGACAAAUCCAACAUCAACCGGCAGCUGGAGGUGUACACGAGCGGAGGUGACCCCGAGAGUGUGGCAGGGGAGUAUGGAUGUCACUCCCUCUACAAGAUGCUGGGCUACUUCAGCCUAGUGGGACUGCUGCACCUGCACUCGCUGCUGGGGGAUUACUACCAGGCCAUCAAGGUGCUGGAGAACAUUGAGCUGAACAAAAAGAGUAUGUACUCCCGUGUGCCCGAGUGCCAGGUCACCACCUACUACUAUGUGGGGUUUGCAUAUUUGAUGAUGCGACGCUACCAGGAUGCCAUCUGGGUCUUUGCCAACAUCCUCCUUUACAUCCAGAGGACCAAGAGCAUGUUCCAGAGGACCACGUACAAGUAUGAGAUGAUCAACAAGCAGAACGAGCAGAUGCACGCGCUGCUGGCCAUCGCCCUCACCAGGUACCCCAUGCGGAUGGACGAGAGCAUCCACCUGCAGCUGCGGGAGAAGUAUGGGGACAAAAUGCUGCGCAUGCAGAAGGGCGACCCGCAGGUCUACGAGGAGCUCUUCAGCUACUCCUGCCCCAAGUUCCUGUCACCCAUGGACAACGUGCACCCUAACUACCACAAGGAGCCCUUCCUGCAGCAGCUCAAGGUGUUCUCCAACGAGGUGCAGCAGCAGGCCCAGCUCACCAUCCGCAGCUUCCUCAAGCUCUACACCACCAUGCCUGUGGCCAAGCUGGCUGGCUUCCUGGACCUCACUGAGCAGGAGUUCCGCAUUCAGCUGCUUGUCUUCAAGCACAAGAUGAAGAACCUAGUGUGGACCAGUGGCAUCUCCACCCUGGACGGCGAGUUCCAGUCUGCUUCUGAGGUGGACUUCUACAUCAAUAAGGACAUGAUCCACACCUCAGACACCAAGGUUGCCAGAAGAAGAUGGGACAGCAGCCCUGAGGACGUCCGCAGUGGUCAGUUGGAACCUCUUUUGUGGCUGGGAAGAGUUCUUGUCCCUGUGAAUCCUUUACCUCAUCAGCCAUCAGCAGAGCUGAAAUUUAUUCAAAUGGAGGACUAAAAUGUUACAUGCUGAUUUCAGUAAAGGGUCUUUGGAGCUAGAAAAAAAAAAGAAAA